AUGGAGGAGGCACCAAGUGUAUCUGAAGAAUCUGAGAAUAAACCAGACGAACUUGUGCCAAGAAUCGUAAAUGGUAAAGAAGCGAGAGAAGGAGAAUUUCCUUACACGGUAGCACUUCAUCGCCAAGGAAGAUUCAUAUGCACUUCCUUUUUAAUAUCACCCAACAUAGUUAUGACAGCUGCUCACUGCGUGCAAUCAGGCAACGAUGUCCAGCCCGCGUCCGCCUUCUACGGUAUCAUCGGAAACAUUCGUAGGGAAGGUCCUGAUACUAGAAUCGAAUUCAGCGAGGUGAGGCCACACCCCCAAUAUGGUGAUGGGACAUCUGAGUACGACAUAGCAGUUUUCAGAACAACUCAACCCGUGGAAUACAGCAACAACAUUCAACGUAUUUGUCUUCCAGCUGCUGGCAGAGAAUUCGAAGGAGAGAACGUCAUCUCUGUGGGAUGGGGAGUUACAUCAACAGAGGAAACUAGAGGCAAUCGUGUAUUCGUGUAUGGAAGAAUCAGAUUUCGUGGUGAGGAAUUGAUGGGUGAUUCCGGAGGCCCUUUGGUGUUCGAUGACCCAAGCGGAAGGAACAUUUCCAUUGGUGUGACGUCAUUUGGUUCUUUUCUGGGCUGUGGAAGACCGUACGUUCCUGUGGUUUAUACAGCCACAUCCGCUUAUAACGACUGGUUGAUUCAGACUGUAGGAGAAGACGAGGAUAUUUGUUUUGUAUGA